UGAUCCUUUACAGCAAUGUUUCCUUUUAAAUUAAAACAGCUUGUAAAGAUCCGUUUCAGACUUCUGCUAGCGACACUCCUUCUUCAGUUAUUAUCUGUCUAAUUAUUAAACACAGCAAAGGGCAGGAAGAGUAAUCUUUGUCCCGUGGUUCUUGCCUGGAGAUACUGGCUGCUCUGCUUUUUUACAAACUGCUUUCAACACUUUCAUUUCUCCCUCAAGCAAAGUAACCUCUCCUUCUUCUAAUUAUCCCCAAACGGCUUUACAAUAAAGGCACAGAAAGUGAAAGCAGGUAUCGAGUGGAGGUGACAGAGGAAGAGGUGGCAGAGUAUUUUCUACCUGAGCUACGCAGGCGGGACGUUCAUUUAACGGGACGAGAAGUCACAAAUGAUGGACAAGUCCACUGGAAACCCCGACGAGGACCGGGUGUCCCUCAAGAGCGACGAGAAGACGCCGACCAACGGCGCCGUGUCGCUGGGCGUGCUUCAGACGCUCAGGAAAAGCAUCCGGCGGGCGGCGGAGAAGAGCCCGCUGGCGUCCGGAGGCAAGGGGUCAGGGGUCACGACCGGUGAUGACUCGGGGGCACGACCGCCGCCGUCACCCAGUGAGUACCGAGGUCUGAGGGUCGGCUCUCCGGUCACGUCUCCCCUGAAGAACAUCGGAGGCCUUUUCAGCAGAAAAGAGGAAGACGAGAGCGACGGCGCCCCGCAGAAAGGAAAAGGUCUGACGCGUUCAAAGACAGAUCCAAACAUGGCCGGGUUCGGUGACACCCUCAUGAAAACGGGAGCGUCCAUACGUCGAAGCCUGAAAUUCGGCAGCAAGAAGGAUAAAACGUGCAGACCGGAGGCGCUGGUCUCCCUCUGCGAAGGCUCGGCGGACGAGAGGAAGGAGCACAAAGAGGAGGAGGAAGAGGAGGCGUGUGAGGAGAUGGAGGAGUCGUACACACUGCUAGAAAUACCCCACACCCCACUGUCAGUGAUGCAGAUCAAUAAGCUGAUCGAGAACGAGGUGCUGGAGGAGGCUCACCUGAACCUGCUCGCUCUGCGGCAGGAGUUCCAGCAGGAGCGUGAGCGGUGCGGCGAGGACUCGCCCAUGCAGCUGGCCAAGAAGGAGAAAGACCUCAACCUCCUCUACGGAGAGCUGAGGAACAAGGUCAACACCAUCGUGCGUGACUCCAACUCUCUUCCCUCCAGAAACAAGGGGCUGUUGGUUCCCGUGGCUCGCAUCAUCCAAGAGGAGGAGAGGAGGGCGGAGGAGCCCGGCGGGCUUGCGGGCAGCUGGAUGGAGGCGUGGAGGGAGGCGGUGGGCGAGGUGGUGCAGGCGAAGGUGUCGAGCGUUCACCUGGAGCAGAGGGAGCAGAACGUCUCCUGGUUGGCCGUUCACCUGGGGCUGCUGGGUCGGACCGUCGUGGAGGACUUGGAGAGCGUGAAGAAGGAGCUGCGGUGCUCGUACCCACCCAGCUUCAAAGUCUUCAGCACCUACGUGAGGAGCUACCACCGGGUCCUCGGGCAGCACAUGAAGAAGCUGGAUGAGCAGGCGACGGAGCGGAAGGACCUCUACGCUCUGCUGGACUGGAUCAUCAACCGCUACAAGAGGUCGGUGAACGUCAAUCACGAGUCGAUCAUGGGAAGUCUCUCCCUGCAGCCGGACAUGAAGGACGAGAGCGUCGAUCUGCAGCUGGAGGACGAGCUCCUGACGCAGCUCAAAGACAAGUUCUGCUGCAGAGUGAAGAAGGACAUGAGCUCUUCACUGGACAGACUCAUUGCACUUGAACAUGAGGAGGUUUGGAGGGACAGCAGCUCUCCGCAGAAGGAGGAGGACUUCCUCAACUGUCCGUUUCACAUGGACAUCUGGACGACAGUGAAAGGAAAUGUUCAGAACUCUGGAGCCAUCGAUGCUCAGCUGGAACAGCAAGUGAUCUCCUGCUGCCUCCAGGAGCUGAGCACGUUCCCCAAGAGAUUUGAGACGGAGUUCAGGCGUCACUGCAGCGCUCUCAGACCGAAGCCUCUUUGGAGCGAGUACCAGAUAACAUACAUCAACUGCUUCACUGCUUUACAGCAGCACAUGGAGGAGUACCGGGACUCGUGUCCAGACGAGGUGGACGGGUUCAGACAAGAGGCGACGUCGCUGAUUAUCAGGCUCAACCAGGUGCUGGAGGACCAGUUCAAAGACGACGUCAAGCCGUACCUGAGGAGGAUGAUGACGAGGAAGUGGCUCACCAACGAUGAAGACUUUGGGCAGCUUCACAGUCGGACAGAGCUGCUGUCUCAGCACUGCGCUCUGAUGAGGCCGCCGCAUAAUCAGGAGUUUGCGAGCCGACUGCACUACCACGUGGUGAGGGAAUACGUCGGCCAGCUGAUGAAGAACAACUACUCGUGCAAGAACCGGAAACACGAGAAGGCAGCGAGCAAGAUGCGCCUGCAGUGGGAGAAGCUCAGUGAUCUGUUUGAGAACAUGAAGUCGACUCACGAGUGGCUCUACGCUGUGGGAGACGACCUGAGCAACGUCAUCGUGCAGAAAAACAAGAGCGACAUAAAGAACCAUCUGCAGCCUUUAGUGGAGCAUUACCCCGACUUCAGCAGGAAGCACCUGGUAGCUGUCCUGUAUUUCAGAGGCCUGCUGAGAGGCCGUGAGCACCAGCUGAUCCUCCAGCGUCACACGGAGCUGAAGGAGAAACUGGGCGGCGGCGGCGGCGACAGGAGCCGGGUUUUAUUUGGCGACAUGCAUGUCACCGUCAACACAGACUGCCUCUCCAAUCUGCCUUUCUCCUGCCUCAGCUUCCUGCUGCCCGACAACUAGUGCGCCAUGGAGUUAAAGGUAGAGCUGUGUUAUUUAAGGUGGUCUGACACAUAAGUUAAGGUCCUGUGCUCUCAAACACUAAACUAAACUGCACCUUUUUGCACAGAAAAAGCAGUUCAUGUUUUUCAGGACCGAUCGUUCUCAAUCUCUCCGUUGUUACACGGUCGACAUUGAAGUUGUAUUGUGUGUCUAUUAUUUAGGAAUCGGUUUCCCUUCAUCACACACGUCUACCACUGAGAGUUAGUUGGUGCUCGCUGAGUAAGAAGAGGCUCUAAAUGUACGCACGUUCUCAAACACAAGGAGAAAUUGAUGAUUUCAGUUUUAACUGGUAGAAAUGAAUGAAACCUGCUCACACACAGAGAGGAGCCGGUAGCUUUAUAAUAAACAUAAUAAACUGAUAUUCAUGAGGCUGAAACAAGACGUCGGUCCGGUUGAGAAAGUUUGUUGAAUCGGACACAAAAAGAAAAGUAUGAGACUUACUAAACCACAAAAUGUGGAUUAAUCCGCCGCUGAAAAUAGUCC